AGUGGUAAGAUCGCGAUUACGCAUAUAUAUGUAAAAGUAAGUAAACUUGAGGAUAACAUGCUGAUUACAAUUUAUUUCAACAAAAUUAACAUCUUAAUCCGCCACAAUUUUAAUUACAAUAAGAUUUCUGAAAUAAGAGAAUCGACAUGAUUUUCCUUAAAUUGUUUCUUAACAUAUUAUUAUAUACGUUAAUAUUCAUCGGUGCGACAGCAUCUUUUUCUGAGGAGAAUUCAGAAACUGACUUGAGUUUGACAAAUGCAUAUCGUUUAUCAAAUAAUAUAAUACCGUAUCAUUAUAAUAUUGAGAUAUUAUGGCCAGAUUAUCAGCCAGAAAUAACAAAUUUCAUUGGCAAAUGUAAGGUUUACGUCAAAAUUAAUCGCGCAACGUACCGCAUAAGUUUGCACGCCCAAAAACCACAAAUAAAUAUAACUUAUGCAAUUUUGAAAAAAGAUAUAAAUUUAAGUAAAGAGGAAAUAUCCUAUAUCCCAAAGAAUCAGAUGACAUAUGACAAUGAAAGUCAUAUUCUCGACUUUUAUUUUACCGAAGAUAUACCAAGUGGAAAUUACUAUUUUAUUAUGGAGUAUACUGGUUUAUUAAAUGAUAAUGAAAACAUCUUUAAAAAUUCUUAUGUAAACAACGCAGGAAAUAAAAUAUGGUUGUACGCAGCGCAGGCAAUUGGCGCUCGACAAAUAUUUCCGUGUUGGGAUGAACCAGAAUUCAAAGCAACUUUCAACCUUUCGAUAAAACAUCAUAAACAAUACAUAACCUUAUCGAAUAUAGAUUGGAAUGUAAAUGAAACAAACACUGAUUUUAUGAAUACCAAAAUGCACAUUAAUAUCACUUCUGAAAUGUCUACCUACCAAAUAGCAUUCUGUUUACUAUCAGAUGAAUGGUUCAAAAUAAUACUUUCUUUUUACUUGAACAGUGCAAUUAAUUUUCCUAUGAUAAUUGUAUGGAAAAGAAAUUCUGAUCUUCAAAUAUCAUUCGCAGAAGAGAUUAUUGUUAAAACUAUAAAGUCUUUUAAAAAUGAUUGGAAAAACUUAAAUGAGAUUUCGAUAAUCCAAUUUGUCUUAAUGCCAGGUUUUCAACAUAAUGCCAUUGAAAAAAGGGGUCUUAUUUUUGAAAGGGAAACAGCUAUUAUGUAUGACAAAGAAGUAGAUUCUUUUGCGCACAAAAUUGAAGUGGCAUGUCUAAUAGCAUGCCAAGUGGCAUAUCAAUGGUUUGGUAUUACGGUCAGUCCAUCCUGGUGGUCAUACCAUUGGUUGAAUCAGGGUCUUGCUACGUUGCUUGGAAUAGAAGUUCUUCAUAAGAAUUUUGUGGAUAUUCCGUCGGAUCUAUUUGUAGUACAGAUGCAACAAGAAUCUCUCCGUUUAGAUGAUUAUUCUAUUAUGGAACCUCUUGUAUCAGAGAUUAAUAAGCCCACUGAAAUUAAUUCACUUUUUUCUUUUUCUUAUUAUAUCAAAGCACCUGCUAUAUUGCGUAUGUUGCAAUAUGUUCUCAGUGAUGAAAUAUUUAAGAAAGGCAUUGAGAAAUUUUAUAAAACACAUAUGUUUAGAUCUGCAACGCUCGAUAAUUUUUACAAUGAUAUGCAAAUUGUCUAUGAUAGAGAAAAAAAAUCCUAUAUGCAGGAUUUUAUUAUAAAAGAUAUGAUGGAUGCUUGGAUAAAACAAAAACAUUAUCCUAUACUGAAAGUUAUAGUAGAGUAUAAUUCUUAUUUAAUAAUAAAAAUAGAAAAUUAUAAGAGUUUAGAUAAGAAAUAUAAUUGGUGGAUACCGAUAACAAUAACUAAACAGACAAAAUUUAAUUUUAAAAUAUCCACGAUUUGGUAUCCAGAUGAAAUACCAUGGUUCAAAGACACACCAUCUGAAAUCAACCCUCAUACUCCCUAUUUUUAUCGACAUAUUUCUAUCCAACAGGAUAAGUGGUAUAUAAUUAAUUUACAACAAAUUGGAUAUUAUCGUGUUAAUUACAACCUCAAGAAUUGGCAAAAUAUUGCGAAAUAUCUGAAUUCUGCGGAAUAUACGAAUAUACAUGUUCUUAAUCGUGCUCAAAUUAUCGAUGAUGCAUAUCAUUUCGCGAUGAGAGGCACAGUCAACUUUUCUAUAUUCUUGAAUCUCACGGAAUAUCUAUCGCGAGAGACAGAUUAUGUCGCAUGGUAUCCUAUGUUUAAGAUUCUCGAAGAUAUAUCAAGAAUCUUUCCAUUUCCAGAUAAAAUAUUUAAUAUUUUCAAGACGAAAAUCUUGAACAGUUUGAAUGGACUUCUUCAAAACAUCGAUUAUGAUAAAAAACCUAACGAAAAAUCUGACGAUUUAAUUGACUGCUUAAGGCAGGAAGCUAGUAAAUGGGCAUGUAUUCUCGGUGAACCAAAUUGCGUGAAAGCAGCCGAAACUAAAUUGCACCAACAUCUCAUAAAUCCUAAAACGAACAAACUUUUGCCGUGGUGGAGACAUUGGACGUUCUGUAAUGGUUUAAUGAUAGCGAACGAUAGUAUUUGGUUCGAAGCAUGGAAAAUACAUUCUUCUAAUCCUAAUUCAAUAACUUCAAAAUUCCUUGCUUGUUCCGAUAAUUCUGCUAUUAUUAUCAAAUAUACAGAAAUGUUAUUCAAUGAUUUUAAUACAAAAAUGAGAGGUAACUUUUUAAAUGAUAUUCUUUAUAUUAUUGCGAAACGUGCAAACAAUAAUGAAACGCUUGACACUAUAUUAAAGAAUUUAAAGGAAAUACCCAGGUAA